UCUACAGACGACCUUUCCCCUACUAGGCUACUUGCUAAAAAUAUAAACAUAAUAAUACAGAAGAUGUCUCUGUCGUCAGUGCCUAAAGAUAUGAGAGGAUUGAGGGCAUGUAAGAUGUGCUCCAUGGUCAAGACGUUUGAUCAGUUCUUAUUUGGUGGGUGUGAUAACUGUGAUCGCUACCUCCGCAUGAAGGGCAAUAGGGACAGGGUCACAGAGGUCACCAGCUCUAACUUUGAUGGAUUAGUAGCUAUGAUGUCACCAGCGGACAGUUGGGUGGCAAAAUGGCAACGACUGAGCAAUAAGUAUGUCCCUGGGUGCUACGCUGUGUCAGUGACGGGAGAGCUACCACAGGACAUCAUGGACUCACUCCAAGAUAAAGGCAUUCCCUACCAGAACAGAGACAACAGCAAUCGCUGAUCAUCACUAUAUCACUAUAAUAAUAAAUUGUUCUGUUAAUUAAUACAUGCAUGUAGUUUAACGUAUAUUCAAUUGCUUCUUGAUAAUAAUUUCUGUCAAUUGCAAUAACUUUAUUGCACAAAAAAUAUUUAUUCAACAAACAUUGAAA